AUGCUUGUUUCCAAACUUCAGAACUUGGCCUUAUUGGUUUUUACCGCGGUCGGAUAUGCUGCAGAUAGUAAUAUCAGGAUAACCGUAACUUCUGAUAAUAGAGUACAGAUUGAUAUUCCUGCAAGCAAUGCACCUUAUGAUGAAAUUGAUAUUUCUCAAGAUUCUAUGCAGAUCAACUAUCUUUGGGAAGCAAGCGGUUCGCAAUUUUUACAAUGUUCUUCGGACACUGAUUGUACACCUUUUGAUUCUUCAGCUGUUAUAACAGGUAAUAAAGAUACCGUCUUUCAAGCUGGAGGUACUCUUAAUGCUACACCGAAUCCAGGUAAUUUUGUGAGAUACUUGUCACCCCCUCUUGAAUAUCCUAAAGUAGGUAUUUUCCAAGCUGCAUUCGAUGUUUUUAUUCAAAGUGAUACUCCUUUACUUGAAAGAUUAACUGCUACCAUUUAUAAACUUGCGGAAGAAUCUUUGGCAGAUUACACAUACAUCCCAACAACAAUUUGUCAAUACAACGAAUGCGUCACUACUUCUCUUCCUGAACAAAAAGUACUUUCAACAACUACAGUUGGAGGUAUUGAGAAGGUCAUUACGAGUUAUUCCCCAAUUUCAUAUAAUCCGAUUACAAUUCAAUCAUACUUAACAUCUACACAGGUUACAAGUGACGGUAUUGCUAUUUGGGUCACAACUUAUUGUCCACUAACAGAUACACAUACUAGCUUUGCAACUUCAUCUUCCACUUCAUCCCUAACUCCACCUUCUAUUCCAUCGUUCACACCAUCUUCUAUUCCAUCUUCCACUCCAUCGUCCACUCCAUCUUUUAUUCCAUCAUCCACUCCAUCUUUUAUUCCAUCAUCCACUCCAUCUUUUAUUCCAUCAUCCACUCCAUCGUCCGUUUCAUCAUCUUCCACCCCAUCUUCCACCCCAUCUUCCACUCCAUCUUCUAUUCCACCUUCCACUCCAUCUUCUAUUCCAUCGUCCACUCCAUCAUCUUCCACUCCAUCAUCUUCCACUCCAUCAUCUUCCACUUCACAAUCGUCUACUCCAUCAACUUCCACUCCAUCUUCUAUUCCAUCGUCCACUCCAUUUUCCACCCCACCUUCCACUCCAUCAUCUUCCACUUCACAAUCGUCUACUCCAUCAACUUCCACUCCAUCUUCCACCCCACCUUCCACUCCAUCUUCUAUUCCAUCGUCCACUCCAUCUUCCACGUCACCAUCGUCUACUGCAUAUUUCACUUCACCAACGUCUAUUUCAUCAUCUUCUACUUCAUCAUUUGUUUCUACAACCUCUUUCACUACCUUUAUUACUGAUUGUGGCUCUUCAAGUGUUACUGUCAAUUGUGCUUCAGGUGUUACUAUUGUUCCAGUAGGUUUUACUGAUGUUUCCAUCGUUACUUAUUCGUGUGCUCCACCAGCAGGCAACACAAUUCCAGGAUCUUUUGUUAACACAAAGUCUGUUAUUACAUACUCUAACGACGUCACUACUACUGUGAUCACUGUUUCGAACCGUAUCGUCCCAUCUUUCAGUUGUCCAGUACCAUCUUCGGCUAUUGUAUCAUCUACUCUAUCAUCUACUCCAUUGUCCACCCCAUUGUUUACUCUUUCUUCUUCUUUUUCUUCACCACUAGUUCCACAAGUGUCAAGUAUGUUACCAUCGUCUAUUCCAUUCUCUAGUUCCGUUUCCUCAGCUUUUUUAACUUCCAAAUCUAGACUUACCAACACAAUCAUACAUUGUAGUGAUAAUGAGUGUACAGAAAGUUACCCUAUUAACUCGUCAGCUAUAUUAUCUUCGGUUAGUUCCGCAGAUUUUGAAAGAAGUAUCACAAUCCAGCCAAGCCCAUCUAUUUUCUUUAAUGCGACAACUGUCCAUUCAUCUAUGCCGGCUUCAACCUUUACUACAUCUGAUAUAGUGUCAUCAAACAAUAGACAGUACACAGUUGAAAAAACUACUUUCAGUUCUACCAAUGAUGAAACAACUAAUUCCCAACUGAAUUCUUUUUCAACCUCAUUUAAUGUAACUGAAACACCCAUUCCCACGACAAACGUUACCACUCAGUUUAUUGGUUCCACAUCGUUUACACAACCUGUUUUAGCACAGCCAACUUAUUAUGGUGCUGCAAAUGUUGUCUCCCACAGUGAUUUCCUGUUAACACUAUUUUUUGGUUUUAUUGGUUUACUAUCGUGA